AUGGUGGCAGGCCGGAAGGAUUUGUGGGAGGAUGUUGGAAGACUAGCUAGUGCUAUUGCCACUCCAUGGGCUGUCUUAGGGGAUUUCAUUGUGAUUCGAAAUCAUAAUGAGAAAAUUGGUGGGGACCCUGUUCGGUUUGAGGCUAUUGAUGAUUUCAACACUUUUAUUGAGGACUCUGGGCUGAUUGACUUGAAGUGGAAAGGGGAAGCUAUGACUUGGAAUAACAGGCAAAGUGGAGAUGCUAGAAUUUGUUGUAAGCUAGACAGGGUGAUGGCAAACUUGGCUUGGAUGGAUGUCUUCAGAACUUCAGAGGCUGUCUUUCACCCUCCUGGUCUCUCUGACCACUCUUCUGUAGUGGUGGUUGUGUUAGAUGAGGCUAAUUUUGGCCCUAAACCUUUCAGGUUUUUUGAAGCUUGGAUUGGCAGAGAUGGGUUUGAUGAUAUGGUUUGGAAGGGCUGGGAGCAGCCUGCUGCACCGGCUGAGUUGCACCAAGCUCAAUGCAAUCUUAGGGACCACCCUGAUGACCCGAAUCUGGUUUCUCUGGAGACUCAAGCUAAGAUGAAAUUAUGGGAAGCCGUAGCCAUUGAAGAAAAGUUUUUGAAGGAGAAGUUUAGGGUGAAACAUAUUCAGCUGGGGGAUGGUAAUAAUAGUUUCUUUCAUAAAUCCAUGCUUUGUAGGCAGAAUAGGAGUCAUAUUCUCGAGAUUAAAGGGGAAGGAGGUGACAUUGUUAAGGAUCCUAGCCGAAUUAAAGAUGAAGCUGUCUCUUUUUACAAGAAGUUGUUUGGAUCUGAUUUGGUGGAUGGUGGUUGUUUUCCUAACUCAGUCCCCUUGCAGAAUGGCUUGUCCCUCUCUCAACAGGGAAGUCUUAUUGGCGGAAUAAGGAGAUUAUAG